UACCACUUAUCAGGCCGGUAUGGCGUGAAAGUUGCUGCCCGGGCUGCUCGCAAACAUGGACAAACCGAGGGACAAACUGGACAUUCGUAGUUUGCAGACGAUUAGGAGCGUGUUGAGUGAUUAUCAUUUUGACGACACAAAGUGGUUUGAUUUAGGAUUGGAACUAAAAUUGCCAAGUAACGAACUGAAAGUCAUUCGAACCUCCAGUUCUGUUUAUAAUGAUUCGGAUAAGUUGAGAGAAUGUUUGUCAAAGUGGUUGGAGUCAUCAUCAGGACCAGUUAACCCACGAAAACUUGUAAAUGCUUUAAGGAACAUGAAACAGACUUAUGUAGCUGAGGGUGUUUGCAAAAUCCUGGUUGAUCCUGCUAGUCAACUGUUGCUUUCGUUUAGUGACGAACUUUCUGAUCUUGAGCUUACUGAUGAGCUGCUUACUUUGCUGUACACAGAAGAACUGAUAACAAGAAAGACACGGGAUAAAAUUAAGGAGUCUGGAUACUUGCUUGUUGAUGAAUCACUGAGAGCAGUUUGUGCUACAGUUGCUAAAGAUCACAACAAGUUAAAAGUACUGGCUGAUAUUUUAUCUCAGUGUGAACAAACAACAUCUCUUGCUCAUAAUCUUAUGAGUGAUUAUGAUAAGCUGAAAAGAAAAUAUUCGAGCCAAUAUUCAUCAUCUAUUGAAGAAGAAAAGUUGACACAGAAAAUGGAUGUGUUUGGGGAACAGGAUUUAUCUCAGCAAGCUACAGCAGCUGUAAUGAAAUUUGAUGAUGAAGUUCACUCAGGCAUUAUUGAAACUACAAAAGAUCUACCAUCAGUAUCAUCAGCAGUGAAAGAAAGCAAAGUUGAAAAAAUGGCUUUGACACAGGACAUUAAAUUUCUUGGAGACAAAAUACGUUCUUACCAAGAUGAGCUAGCUCAGCCUGGCCUUCAAGGAAAAAAUUACAUCAUUUGUGCUCCAACAGGCUCUGGCAAAACGUUCAUUGCUGCACUUAUCAUCUAUCAUCAUUUACAUAAAAAGAGGCAAGAGAAAAUGAAAGGGAAGGUCUUAUUUAUUGUUAGCACGCAGCAACUUGCCCAUCAACAGAAUAUGAGAUUGAGGGAGUAUAUAAGCGGUAUUGACGUCAUAGACAUAACUGGUGAUUCAUAUUGUCAGAUUCAUUUGACCUUAUCUCAAGUUGAUAUCAUUGUUUGCACAGCUGGAAAACUUCUUGGUGAACUAAAUGAUAAUCUGAUCCAUAUAUCAGAUAUCACUUUGCUAGUUUUAGAUGAAUGUCAUCAUACUUCUGGGAGAAGCCCAUAUGCUGAUGUGAUGGAGCACUAUCUUCUCGAAAAAAGAGAUGGACAUCGUACGCCUCAUGUAAUAGGGAUGACUGCUUCACCAGGAGCUGGCCGGGGUCGGUUUCCAGGGUUAGAGAAAGCAAUAGAUCAUCAGUUAAGGCUCUGUGCUCGUGUUGAUGCAACUAGUGGCAUGAAAGCAGUCCAAGAAAACAUAGCUGAAUUGAGAUCUUUUGUGCCAUCUCCAAGUUAUAAUCGACACGCAUUACCACGUAGAAAUUCAAAGGAUUCUUUUGUCACAGUUUUGUCUAAAGAAAUGAAAAACUUAAAGGAACUUCUUCCUGUGCAGCCUAGAGUUGUGCCUGACCCAUGUUCAUUAGCUUACCAACAGUGGGUCAAGAAUGAAAUAGAGGCAGCUCAGUUAAGUGGAAUGAGUGAGCAACGAGAUCAAAUUACUAUAUUGGAAUUAUUGGAAAUAUACCACCUAGCUCUCAUUACUUAUGAAGAUUUUGAGAUAGAGAAUGCCAAGGAAAUUUUAGAUAAAGUGAAGAGCUUUGACGAUUCCAAUGACACAGAGAGACAAUUGCAACAGAAUCACAAAUUAGUUAAGGGUAUCGUGAAUGGUAUUCCUGGCAGUAAAAACCCAUUGCUGCUACAAGCAAAGGAGCUCCUCUUGAGUCAUUUUACUGCUAAGCCUGAGUCAAAAGCAUUAUUUUUUGUUCGUGCUAUGGAUCAUACACAGUAUGUUUCUGAAUGGAUAAUGAAAAACCCUGGGUUAUCACGGUUAAUAAGGCCUUGUUCUAUCACAGGGCACUCAAGGAAAGGGUCAAUGUCAAAGGCAGAUCAGAUCAAGAUCAUUGAAAGCUUUCGUAGUGGAGAAUAUAAUCUUCUUGUCACAACGUCUGUUCUGGAGGAAGGUUUGGAUGUUCCUCAGUGCAAUAUGGUCAUACGCUUUCAAAUAAUGUCAAAUGAAGUUUCUGAUGUACAGGCACAAGGUAGAGCACGUGCUGAUGACAGCACUUUGCAUACGAUCGUGACAUCAGAUUCUCCAGUUCAUCAUCGUUUACUUAUUAAUAAUGAUAAAAAGGAACAAGCAAAUCAAGCAGUACAGAUUAUUUCACAGAAUGGGGUUGACAUCGAUUUAAUUACGAAGCUUCAAGAGGAAAUUCUUGAUUUAAGGGAGCAGAGAAUAAAGGAAGAGAAAGAGAGGGGCCAGACAUGGAAGGCAAAAAAUGUUGAUUUGCAUUGCUAUAAAUGUGAUGUAUUUGCUUGCAAUGCUUCUGAGUUAUGCAAGUUUGGAAAGAAUGGAGCAACUAUUGUACCAUCUCAAUCUUUUAUAGUAAAUAAAAUGAAGAAAAUUAGCAGGAAAGGUCCAGAGCCACCAAAAUUAGGAGGAGACUACUCUCGACCAUUGAAGAUUGCUUGUGUCAAAUGCAAUGAGGAGUGGGGAGUGUGGGGUAACUGGGAGAAAAGUUGCGUCCAGUAUCCAGUGCUACAAUGCAAGAAAUUUACUUUUUGCAAUAACAAGACUGGGGAUCGUCGGAGAAGCAAGCAGUGGAAAUAUGUUCCAUUUGAAGUAGUUUUUUAUUCCGAGUUUGAAGAAAAAGAUAUUGAUUAGAGUCUAUUAUGUUUAUGAUACUGUUUGUACAUUAGUUUACAUGCUGUUUCUUGUAGAUCUAA